AGGGUGGUGGUCCCGUCCCUGUGGAUAAACCGCACGGGCAAGGUCUAGAAGCUCGCUGUGUGUUGGUGGCACGCUCAUACCUCUUGGUCAGAGUUGCACGAAAAAACGCAUGUACUUUUGGAUCCUCCUACGGGCGACAAGGCUUCAAACAGGAUGAAUCUGGGUGGUCAUGGCUGGUCGCGUGACGGCGUUGUGCUGUGUAGUUGAUCCUGCAGCUGGAGCUUAUUGCUCCCCAGUAUUCGGCUGGCAAUUGAUCUCCACCAAGGAGAGCAAGGCCGGUGAGAUUGACACCAAGAGAAUGGCUCAGGCUCAGCUGAACGUGGUACCGAACUGGUAUUUGCAGCCGUUAUCCGUCGUCGUCGAUUGUCUCUACACAGUCGGCUAUUAAGGCCGCAUUCUCCAUUAGUCUUUCAGUUCCAUAUCCUUGC